AUGCAGGUGGACAACCAUCAUCUCGAGGAGCAGCUAGAUGCCGCACCCACUUCACCGGUGGAGGGCCAUCAUGUCGAGGAGCAGCCAUAUGCCGCACUUACUUCACCGGUGGAGGCUACCACAUCUAUUAGGCGCGGAAGAGGAAAGAACAAAAAUAAGAAGUUGAAGGAACUAACGAAGAAUGGUCCCAUUGAUAUCGAGUUCGAGGGUGAGGAGCGAUAUCCUGUAGGCGAUAAUGCCGGUUUUUUCUCGAGGUUGAUUGGUGAGGUCCUAAGCAAUCAUUGCAACUUGCAUCAUGAUUCUUGGACUGAGGUCCCAAGUGAGAUGAGUUACUUCAGGUUGGAUGAUAAUAAUAUAGUACACGUGGAAGGCUUAGAAUUUGGUCUAAGUAGAGGCUAUUCAAGGUCGCGCUCCAACCUGCACUCGCAUAAAUACAAGCCUCAUUUCAAAGACAUUAAUGUCAAAGAUCCGGCUGCGGUGGCCGAAGCAAGCGCCAAGGCGAGGGCUACUGUUCCUACUCAUCUUAGUCGGGAACAAUGGUCUUUGAUCUGUGACUCAUUUGAAACGAAAGAAUGGAAGGAGAAGUGUGCUCGAAAUGCGGCCAAUAGAAGCCAAUUGAAAACAAAUCACACUGCUGGCACCUGCUGCUUCAUCAACGUUAUUCACAAGAAGACAAAAAUAACUGGUGUCAAGCCCAGACCUCUCGCUUUUUAUAGCAUUACGCACAAAAAGGACGGGUCUUUUGUUAACGAAGUUGUUGAGAGCUUAUAUAAUGAAAUGGAGGCAAGAGUUCACUCAGACAGCGCAAAUUGCACUGAAGAAGAGGCAUUCACGGAAGUGCUCAGGGUUUCACGCUCGAAGCAUGUUCGAGGGAUGGGGUUAGGUGUCAAACCUUCUCGGCCAAAAUCUUCUCGAGCAACAUCCUCAAGCCAAAUGGAUGUUCACGAGGAAUGCAGGAAGCAACGAGAAGAGCUCGAGACAUCUUAUCAGUCCCUAUGUGAAGAGAUGGCCACAUCGCAGGAAAGGAUGCGUGCUGAGAUGCAGGCAGAGAUGCAGAAACUACUAUCACAAUUUCAAGGGAAUGGAGGGAGAUCUACCUGACUUCAUCAAGCCAAGGCAGUAAGGAGUUUUUUGACGCUUUGUAAUAGUUUUUCUUAAAACUAUUAUUGUUAUUCAUAGA